AUGGAGUCAGGAGACACCGUCGACAAAACGACGGGCGCUGCCCCCGGUGAGCAGGACAAGCCUCACCGCACACCACCAGAUGUCAAGCUCCUUGCUCAAAGGCCUCUCCUAAGCAAGACGCCGCCAUCGACUCGCCGACACGGCCAUGGCGAGGCCCAGCGUUCCUUUUACUCAUCGGCGCAGUGGACUGCCGAUGGAACGACUGUCGUCGUCGGCUCGUCAGACAAUACAGUCUCCUCCAUUGUCCUUCCAGCCGACCUCUUGCAAUAUCCCCAUCGAGAGCUUCAACUGGAGCCUCAGUCGACAACGAAGCUGCCCGAACCCACGCAGGUCAUCGCUACUGCUCCAUUCUUCUCUCUAGCCGAGUCGUCCACGCAGACGUAUCUCGUCGGCUGCCGCGAUCAUCCCUUGCAUCUCAACCACGCCUUCCCUAGCCAUGAGCAUCCAGCCCCGCUGGCCGCGUACAAGCUGAUCAAGGCCGAGACCGAGGCAUUUAUCACCCCAGCCUCCCUCCUGUGGCACGGCUCGGGCUCUCACUUCCUGUGCGGCUCGGCCAAUCGACUGGACUACUUCGACGUGUCCCGGCAUGGUUCCGACGGCCCCGUCCUGGCGGUGCCGACAAUACCGUCGAGGCGCCACAUUGCCAAAGGAAGUGGCGUUGGCAUGAAGGGAACCGUGGCUGCGCUGGCUGCGCCGUCGCAAGAUGCCAACAACCAAACCCUUGUGGCUGCCGGCACCCGGACCCGAUGGAUUGGGCUGUACGACCUCCACCGCACAAAUCACGCCGUUGCAAACUGGGGAAUUGCUCACGCUGGGAAAGUUAACGCCGACUUCGACUUUGACCAUUACGGUCAAGGAAUCGUGCAGCUCGUGUGGAGUCUAUGUGGACGGUACCUCAUCGUCAACGAACGACAGUCAAGCAACCUCCUCAUCUACGAUAUCCGCGGCUCAGGAAAGCUCCUCGCCGCCUUGAGCGGCCGCAAGGCCAAGUCUCAGCAGCGGCUGGCCUGCGACGUGUAUCAAGGUGACACGGGUGGGAAUGCCGCCUUUGAGGUCUGGGCCGGGUCCGAUGACGGCUCGGUCCUCGUAUGGGAAGAUGUGGGCAACCAGCUCGGCCUUGUACGGCCCUCGUGGAGUUGGAAGGCACAUGAUUCCCCUGUCGGAAGUAUGACGCUGCACAGCUGUGGCUCGGUGGCUGCCACGUGCUCCGGCGCCUGGGAGCACGCUUCGGAUCGCGCGGUCGAGAACUUCGGAACGGGCCGACAACCUUGCGGUGGCAGCAGAACACUAGACGAGUCAUCUCUCAAAAUAUGGUCAAUCGGGACACAGGAGUCAUCGUCGUAUUGA